UCAUCGAGCUGUGUUUUGGCUGGUAUUGUGUCGAGGAGGCGCAGGCAGGAGCACUGCAGCCAGCCGGCAAGCAGCGGCUGAGGGGCGGCGGGCCAGUCCCGAAAAUCAGGUGCAGAGCGCCGCUUGUCAUUCGUCGUCCGUCGCGUCCUCCCCGAGCGGCCCUGCGGCACCCUGCGCCGGAGCGCCCCGGGACCUUUUGGACUUCAUUGGCGUCGGGCCGGCGGAGGCACCGACAUGAGCGAAGCCGCCUCGCAUGGCCCCCGCGCCCGCAGCGCCCCCGUGUCCCACCUGCUGUGUGCGCGAGCCCCCUUCCGACGUGGCCGAGACCCCCCGGCAGCCGCUGGAGCUGCUUAGCCGGGACUGCCGCCGUCACCUCUGAGCCGAGCCGAGCCGAGCCGAGCCGUCGCACACCGCCCUGCAGUUGCCUCGCGUGCAUAUGUCCACGUCCACACGGGCCGCUUGGAUCGGGCGCGCGUGGCAUCGCUCCACGGAGCUUUUCGGAGUUUGACCGUCUGUGCGCAGAGCGCCCGCGCGCGCGCGCGGGGGGCUUCACCUGUCUUCCUCUUUGUCGGGGGCGCGCAUCGUUGUCAGCCCCCGGCGUGGACAGCUGCUCGAGGUGGCCCCGCGGUCACGGUGGCCCGCCCGGCUGCUCGGGCCUCAAAGCCCGCCUGACCCCCGGCCGCAAAUUUAUGAUCCGCCGAUGCCAACUGGAGCGGCCGCUGACUCUUUGACUCUGCCCGACACCCAGCGGAUUUCCACGUCUCCGGACGAGCGAGGAGUCUGUGCGUGGGCCGAGUUCCGCAGUGGAGGGGGGGAGCGAUGUGGUCCCUUCUUUCCACGCUGACCGUCUUAUGUAUCCAGAUGUUGCUGGUGAUGUGCAAUCCAUUACAGGUGCUCGGUGUCGAUGGGGUCAACUUCAGCGUGCAUGUGGAGAACCAGACGCAGGUGCGAGACACCAUGAGUCGACGACAUCACCGCGUUUACCAGCUCUACAGUCGCACCAGCGGCAAACACGUCCAAGUGCUGGGACGCCGAAUCAGCGCCCGGGGAGAAGACGGCGACAAAUAUGCCCAGCUCGUAGUGGAGGCAGACACCUUCGGUAGCCAGGUGAGAAUCCGGGGCAAGGAAACCAACUUCUACCUGUGCAUGAACCGCCGGGGAAAGCUGGUAGGAAAGAAGGCCAGCAACAGAAGCGCCGACUGUGUCUUUGUGGAAAAGGUCCUGGAAAACCACUACACGGCUCUGAUGUCGGCUCGCUACACGGGCUGGUACGUGGGCUUCACCAAACGGGGGCGACCUCGCCGCGGCCCCCACACCCUCCCCAACCAGCAGGACGUGCACUUCAUGAAGCGCUUCCCGCCCGGGGAGCAACCUGACCUCACCACGCCCUUCCGCUUCACCACCGUCGGCAAGAGAGGCAAGAGGGUGCGCGCCACCGGACCCCGCUAG